GCCCCGCUGAGUCAGGGAUGCGCCGGGCUCCUCGGGGUUGGCGUACACGAGCAGUUAAGGCUGACGCUUGCCGGCAGGAGGCAUGUAUGUAAAAGCCAAAAACCUGCUGUGAAUGUGUAAAUUGAUUAAAGAAUUGCGGAGUGCCCACUACAGUCCUUGGGAUUGUAGCGGAGGGGGGAAGCUGAUGCGCUCGGGUAAGCAGCCGUCCAGAAGUGCAGAGCGUGGCUGAGGGAACCAUGCAAACCGUGCGUCUGUCGUCACUCGCGGUAUCUUGAGCCAUUCACCUCGUGUCUGCCUCUGACCCUGCCAGGAUGCGCCGACCUCAGAGGAGCUGGAGCAGUUUGCCAAGGACCUCAAGCACAAGCGCAUCAUGCUGGGCUUCACGCAGGCUGACGUGGGACUGGCUCUGGGCACGCUCUAUGGGAAGAUGUUCAGCCAGACCACCAUCUGCCGCUUCGAAGCGCUCCAGCUCAGCUUUAAGAACAUGUGCAAGCUGAAGCCGCUGCUGCAGCGUUGGCUCAACGAGGCAGAGAACACGGACAACAUGCAGGAGAUGUGCAAUGCAGAGCAAGUGCUGGCCCAAGCCCGGAAGAGAAAACGCAGGACCAGCAUUGAGACCAACGUGAAGGGAACGCUGGAGAGCUUCUUCCGCAAAUGCGUGAAGCCCAGUCCCCAGGAGAUCUCCCAGAUUGCUGAGGACCUCAACCUGGACAAAGAUGUUGUCCGGGUCUGGUUCUGCAACCGGCGUCAGAAAGGCAAGCGUCUGCUGCUGCCCUUUGGCAAUGAGUCAGAGGGGGUGAUGUACGACAUGAACCAGUCCCUGGUGCCUCCCGGCCUGCCCAUCCCAGUGACAUCCCAGGGCUACAGCCUGGCGCCGUCCCCCCCCGUCUACAUGCCACCCUUCCAUAAGGCCGAGAUGUUCCCUCCGCCUCUGCAGCCCGGGAUCUCCAUGAACAACAGCAGCCACUGAACAGCAACGGGGGGGCAGGCAGUGGUGCACCCGUCCAGAGGCAGCAUCCCCCCCCCAGCCCUUCCCGGCCAUGUGAGCGCUGUCACAACAGCAGCCCUGUUUGGGGUCAGCUCCUCCUGCCUCUCCUGGGCCCCCCCUCCCUGUUACCUGCUGGGGCCAGGGGGAGCCGCCUGUGCCAGGCCCCAGCUGAGCUGCUCUCCCACGAGAACCAGAAAAAAGUAUUUCUUAAAUUGUUUUAGGGGUUGGGGGGAGGGGGAUUUGUUUUUUUUUUUCAAUGAUUCUGAUUGUAUUUCUAGUUUUUAAAAAGCGAAAAAUCUUUGUAGUGAUCACUAGUUUCCCAGCUGCCCCCUCCCUGCCAUGUAGAGCAAGGCUGGGGUGCUGAGAGGUGGGGGUCUCCUGCAGGCUCUGCCCCUGUCUGGGCAGCCGGAGGGAGCCAAGGGCCACAGCAGUGCUGGGGGAGCCCGGCAGCCCCCACCCCACCUGCCAACAGUGCAGGAGAGGGGUCACGCUGCACCCACUGUGGGCAGGGUAAGGGGGCAAGGGGGGCCAUGACUCCACAGUGUCACCAUGGAGCCAGUGGGGCUGACACCAUCCUGUCCAUGCUGCUAGCACCCCGUGCCUUUGAUCCUGCUGUAGUUGAUGAUUUAUUUUUUUCCUUAAUCAUAUUCCCUCUGGCAAUUAAAUAAAUCUCAGUUUUUUGGGGUA